UGGCGUCGUGAGAUGCUUUAUAAAGGGUCUUUAUUUAUCAUAAGAACAAUACAUGGUGAACGCCAGGAGGAUGUGUGCACCUCGCAUUUCGAGUUAUUCAAAGUCAUUCAUAAAUGUUUGUCAAGUCAUUGCGGUCAAGUGCACAAUGUUACACGAUUAUGAAAUGUGAUCUGUGAAUCAGCUUUUCUUUCUUCGAUGUUUCGCUGCUCGGUGAAACUUUUAUAUCCGAAUUCCGGAAUGCCACUUCCAUAUACACUACUAAGGCGUGCAUAAGAAACGUGUCUUCCUUGAACAUUUUUCUCGGAACAACAUUAACAAAAUGGAGACUUCAAUACGAGACAGGGUUCUCAGCUUUGCUGAUGUUAUAAUGAGAGUGCCACCUUUAUUUAUUAUCGAUGAGUUACUCAGAAUUGGUCUUGGAUUACCUAGCGAUAACAUUGUACUUGACAGUACUGAAAAUGGUUUCAAAACCAGCAACGUAGGCACAAUUGUUAACUCCAUUUCUGCAGUUACGACAGACUCGUUUCUGGUGGAACAGUUUGACUUAACUCAUUUUACUUACAAAACUUAUUUGAUAAUUAUAUUCAAAUUUUUAUCAUGUUGUUUAGGAUGCCUUGCUGCUUUAUACACAUUUAUGUUAUCUACUAGGCAUUUAAUAAUUGUGUAUCUAUAUCUAAUAUCUGUUGGGGUGAUAUUUGUAUCAUAUUGGUCAAAUGUUAGUACAAUGAAAGCAAUCAUAACUUACAUGAAUUCCCACGAACCUGCAAUCAGCAUACUUGACAAUAUAUUAUCCCUGAAUUUAUCAGACGUUCUGUAUAAUGGUCCAGGCUUAUUGAUUAUUCAGAACUAUAUACUGCAAUGCCUAUUAGCUAGUAUCUUUUGUUAUAUUCAUCUUGCUCCAAGACAUCCUGUGGUUCAAAAACUACUGGUGCUGAGUUUUAUGUCACCAUCUAUUUUGGGCAUUCAUCCCUUACCGGUACAAUAUUUAUACCACGCGCCAGUAUGUGCAACAUUGAUUCCAUUAGCUGUGUGCAAAUUUAUCAUCUGGUAUAACGGCAUCUCUAUGCUAAAAACGAUCUAUGUAGCCUAUCGACAUGCACGCAACUUUAUAAUCAAUUAUGGUUUAUCUGCUCUCGCCGAAACGGAAUGGAUGCGUUUGAAUGUACCAUGCGUCCUCCGUACAUUUUGGAUGUUGCGAGUCGGAGAACAAGUAAUCCAAAUUCUCGGAAAUCACUAUGGUGAAGAAACAUUCAAUUAUUAUGUCAUGGUCAGGACACUACUGGUAAAUGGUUGUGAAACUUUGACAGCUGUUCUCGGUAUGACUAGCAUAAUUUCAUUUAUUUGUCACUAUAUUGGCUGUUUCUUCCAAUGGGUAUUGCUGACAGAAGAUGAGGAUGAGAAGAGUAUCGGCACGGUAUCCGCUAUAUUAUUCUAUAUUCUUGCAUUGCAAACCGGACUGACAAGUCUUGAUAGAGAGAAGCGUCUAAUACGAUUGUAUCGUAAUUUUUGCCUAUUAUUUACGGCAAUUUUACAUUUUGUGCACAAUAUAGUGAAUCCACUUUUGAUGUCACUCAGCGCUUCUCAUAAUCCGGCUCUACAUAGGCAUUUGCGGGCUUUGGCCGUUUGUGCCUUUCUAAUAUUUUUUCCGGUAUCAUUACUUGUAUUUCUCUGGUCUCAUUUCACAGUGAGUACAUGGCUAUUGGCUGUAUCGGUUUUCAGCAUUGAAGUAAUAGUCAAAGUACUGGUCUCGCUGGCAAUUUAUUCACUCUUUCUGAUCGAUGCGUACAGAAGUGCGUUUUGGGAACAAUUCGACGAUUGUGUGUACAUUAUAAGAUCAUUUGGCAAUACCGUAGAAUUUGCUUUUGGCAUUAUACUGUUCUUCAAUGGUUUUUGGAUACUAGUCUUCGAAUCUGGUGGAGCUAUUCGUGCCAUCAUGAUGUGUAUACAUGCCUACUUUAACAUCUGGUGCGAAGCGAAGGCUGGAUGGAGCGUGUUCAUGAAACGGCGCACGGCUGUGAACAAAAUCAACUCUUUACCGGAAGCGAAGGCCGAGCAGCUUGAAAAACUAGACGAUGUCUGCGCGAUUUGCUAUCAGGAAAUGCAAAGCGCCAAGAUCACUCAAUGCAAUCAUUAUUUUCACGGUGUAUGCUUACGAAAAUGGCUGUAUGUUCAAGAUCGAUGUCCUCUUUGUCACGAUAUAUUAUAUAAAGUUGAAAAUGUGCAAAGUAGAGACAAUGAUAAUCUUGAAGUUAACGAAGACAGAAGAAACGACAUUGAAAUAUAGAAUUUGUUCUUUCGAAAUUAUAUCGUUCUUCGACAGUUUCUGGAGAUUAAUUUUCAAAUUUGAUCGUGCCAUUAUGAUGUACAUACAUGUCUAUUUUAACAUCUCAUGCAAAGUAAAGGCUGGAUAGAACAAGCCAGAACAACUAUGAACAAGACUCUAUCAAAAGCGGAAGCAGAGUAGCUUGAAAAGUUUGACAAUGUUUGCGAGAUUUACUAGAGAGAUGCAAAGCUCCAAGAUCAUCUAAUAUCCAGUAAUCAUUAUUUUCAUUGUUUACGCUUACGAAAAUGGCUAUACGUUUAAGAUUGAUGUUCUCUUUACCAAGAUAUAUAUUACACAAAAGUGAAAACAUGUAAAACAAUGACAGUAGCACUAUCAUAGUUGAAAAAAACAAGAAAUUAUAUUGAAAAUAACGUGUUUGUGCACGCUGGACAAAAUUUGAAUGUUCAGUUUUAUCAAAAUAAUCAGAGAUUAUUAACAACCAGAUAAAGCUAUAUGUAAUGGCAUGUAAGCUUUUCGUUUUGUGAUAUAUAUAAAAAAAAAAUAUAUAUAUAUAUAUAGAUUCACAACUUUUUAAAUCACAAAGCACCGACGCCUAGAAUCUCGGAAAAAUUUCACUUUUCGUAAAUCGUUCAGAUGAUUAUCACGAAGCAUCGUAAAUUAUAAGUAAGUAUUGUAUAAGAACUCAAGUCUUUCGUCCAGUUUCAUGUAAAAUCUUGUAAAUAAGUUAGAAUAAUUAAUUUAAAAAAGAAAAAUUACAUGCGACGAUUAAUAUACAUAUAUCUUGUUAUAAGAAAGUAUUUGGCGUAUAUAAUCUUAAAUCUUUGGCUCUUUGUCGAUUCAGUGGGUGUCCAUCGCUAAAUGUAUUUUUGGAUCAAUGUUAUGUCGUGAUCGUUGUGUACACACAACGCGCGCGUGUGUGUAUAUAGUGUGCGACGCAAUGAUAUAUAAGCUUCCCUGUACAUGAUGUGUACAUGUGCUUCCAUUUUUCUUAAUUAGGAUCUGUUCAUUUUGUCCUACUUCCGAAAAUUUCAAACCAGAUAAAUAUAUGUAUAUUACGGUGCUGACGAAAGAGAGAGCGAAGAAUCUGAAUGUAGAAAAAAUGGGAGCACAAAACGAACAGAUCUAUAAUGACAUACUGACAUAUGGUUUUCUACUGAAAAAAGAUAGCUCUUUAAGAUUUAUUCUAUAAGAGAUUUAAAUUAAAGAAAGAGGAAAAGUGUGAAUAAAUCUUAAUUUUAUUACA